AUGGCAAAAUCGAGAAAUUACAGUGCAGUGUUAAAAAUAAAAAUUGAAGAAAGAAAUGAUUAUAGUUAUGACAUAAGAAUGACAAUAUCAAUGAAGGAACAAGAGCCAGUGCCUGGGGAGAUGACAUUUCCCGAGGCAAAAUUGAAAGUGUUAGAAGAUAAAAUAUCUAAUCCUCGUUGGGUGGUGCCAGUUCUACCGGAACAAGAAUUAGAGGCUUUACUAAAUGCUGCUACAGAAUUGGCAGCAAGAGGUGAAGAUGUCAGUAAUCCAAGUUGCCAGCGCUUUUACAAUGAUGCUCUUACAUUAUCAUUUACAAAGAUUCUUACCGAUGAUGCAGUUUCAUCAUGGAAGCUUAACAUCCAACAAUGUGUGCGUUCCAACUGUGAAAAACUUGUUAAAUUAUGUGCCAUGAAAUUAGAUGACCCACGAUUUCUGAAUCUUCUGUCUAUGGCGUUUAAUCCCAAUAAUAAAUUUCAUACAUUCAAUGCAGGGAGAACAUGUGAAGGUCUUACAGUUUCAACUGUAUCUGCUACGGGGCAAGGCUCCACCCAGGAGCCAGAAGUCUAUGCAAAAUCACAGGACCACAGGACACCGAGGGGAUGGCUUGUUCAUCUUAUUAAUGUAUUUGGCCAGGCAGGUGGCUUUGUUAAGAUAAGAGAAAGGUUUGAAAUCAUCAUGGGUUUUAAAAAGUCUGACCUUACUACAUCAGUCAAUUGUGAAGAAAAAGUAAUCAAUGAAAUUAUUGAAAAAGAAAGUGAAGAGCAGAAAGUUGAUGCAACUGAUAGUUUAAUAAGCAGUACUGACAAUAUGGAGGGUUCUGUAUCGUCUCGGUCUGAACAACCAUCCUCAUUAGAAAUGUCAACGUCUGGCGAAACUCGGGUUGCGGCUGUUUGGCAGUUGUUAAGACCGCUUGGGCUGUGUCAUGAUCUUCUCACACCACACACUGUCACUGUAUAUCUCCUACCAGUUUUGGAAUGUAUUCCGACACUACUAGAAAGCUUGACUGAUGACGAACUGAAACGUGAAGCGCGCGGAAGUGAAAAUAAGACUGACACAGUAUCGUGUUUGAUAAGAGCGUGCAAAUGUGUCUCUAUUCGGACACCGCAUCAUCACAGCUUACUCAAAUCACUGGAAUUAUUUCGACUAAAAAUGAUAUUGCGGCUAUUACAAAUGUCAUCGUUUAAUGGAAAAAUGUCGGCUUUAAACGAAAUAAAUCAACUUAUAAGCACUAUAUCCCAGCAACCUAAACCGGAGUGGCUUACACCUGCAGUGAUAACGACGUGGAUAAGAGAAAACGGCGUGGUGGAUAUUGUGUUACGCGACUCUCUGCAUCAGCCUCAGUAUGUUGAGAGAUUAGAGAAAAUGUUAAGGUUUAUGAUUAAGGAAAACUCUCUGACCCGAGAAGACCUGGACGCCAUUUGGAAGGCGCAGCAUGGGAAACACGAGGCGAUCGUCAAAAAUCUUCACGAUCUAUUGGCAAAACUAGCAUGGGACUUCACACCGGAUCAGUUGGAUCAUCUUUUUGACUGUUUUAAGGCCAGUUGGUCUACAUCAAGUAAGAAACAAAGUGACAAGCUGUUAGAAGUAAUUAGGAGACUCGCUGAAGAUGACAAAGACGGCGUCAUGGCCAAUAAAGUAUUAGUGUUAUUUUGGAAUUUGGCGCAUUCGGACGACGUUUGCACUGAAAUAUUGGACUCGACGUUGGCGAAUUUCAUCAAAAUACUCGACUAUAGCUGUAGUCAAGACCGCGAUGCACAGAAAACGCAUUGGUUAGAUAAGUGCGUAGAAGAAUUAAAGAACAACGAGAAAUGGGUGUUGCCAGCAUUGAAAAUGAUGCGUGAUAUAUGUUGUUUGUACGAGUCGGGCGGUACGGCGGGAGUGCGACCUCACGUGACGCGACAGGAGCUCAUUGACCGAUUACAGACUCAACACUCCUUAGUUAUCCUCGUCACGGACUCUCUUACGAAUUAUAUGGACACUGUGCGAGAGAAGUUGACAGUAGAGAAUGAAAUAGAUUGGGACAAUUGGUUGCCCGAUGGCCGAUAUCCGCACGCCGCUCAAGUACACGAGAGACUCAGUUUUUUACGAUUUCUCUUGAAGGACGGACAACUGUGGCUCUGUGCCGAACAGGCCAAACAAAUUUGGGUCUGUCUUGCUGAAAAUCCAGCUCAUAUAGGAGAUCGUGAAGCGUGUUUUCGUUGGUUCAGUAAACUAAUGGGGGAAGAACCAGAUCUAGAUCCUAAUAUUAACUUACAUUUUUUUCGACAAAACAUUAUGACGCUUCUACCGAACCUUUUAACACAUUCGGGAAUCAAAUGUUUUGAGAGAUUUUUCAAAGCUGUUAACUCAAAGGAGGGCAAGUUAAAAGUUAAGCGGCGUGGCUUUCUUCUGAACGACCCUGAUCUCAUAGGAUUAGAUUAUUUAUGGAGAGUGAUAACAGAAUGCGAAGACGAGAUAUCGGCGCGGGGUAUCGAGUUGCUCCGUGAGACGUGCACUUGCACUGGACCAGCUCUUACGCCUGCGCAUCAGCACGAAGCGUUCCUCACGCAGUGCUGCGCACGAACACAACGCCUUCAGAAGGAGAUGGAUGAGGAACAAGAUGCGGUGAAAAAUUGUACAAAGAUGUGUAGAGUAAUUCGUGCCAUACAAGAAUAUAUAAACGAAUGUGAUAGAAAGUUCUCCGCGGACCGUCAGAUCUUGCCGAUCUAUAGGUCGGGCAGAGGACGACAGUGCACCGUUAUAGUGAGGUUCAAUUUUCAAACUGGCCAAAGACAAAUCGACGAUGUCGAACUCUUUUCUCAUUCUAAUGAAACUCUUCAUUCUCUUCGUGUGGCUGUGCAAAGACGGUUGAAGUGUUCGUCUGAAAGCAGUAUAAAGUUAGAAAUGUAUAUAAAUAAGCUGGAGUUAUAUGUAAAUGGGGAACUACUCGACUCGAGUCAUGAUAGAAAAAUACUUUCACAGAUACCAUUAAGGGACAAGACUAUUUUAGUUGCUAAGGUAUAUGACGGGCAAGUAUGUGGCAGUGGCGGUUGUGGGUCAUCUAAUGAGUCUAGUAGUGACAGUAGCGCCACCUCGCCACCGGUACCUCCAACUCCAGAACACGCGUUACCUGGUGUACUAUUUGCACAAGGUUCAUGGUACAUACCGUUCAUUUUGGAACUGGAACAUGUUGGCAUCACCAAAGGCCACGCCCCGUUGACUGAAGCUGCACAUUUACUGUCACAAAUAUGUCCACCUCACAAACUUACAGUAGAAAAAUUGACAGAAGCGCUAUUAUGUAGAGACGAAUCAAAGUUAAAAGAUAUUUUAUAUGGUCCUGCACCGCCCACCGUUGCUUAUAACAUAGAGGUUUUAUACAGUAUGGUAAUGCCUUCAUCCGAUACAAAACUUGAGCGGAAUCGUAGUUUCCAACUUGCGUGCGUAAAGAAGGCACCGCUGUUAGUCAAAUGCUUAUCGGACAGUGAGUUUCUGAAGGGAGCAGCGCCGCACACUAGAAGAGUGGGAUAUUUGGCGCUAGUAAGACUGGCUAAAUUAGCCCUAUACACUUUAGGAUAUCUUUUUGAAAUUCUCGCUCCAGACGGGACAGACGCUACACUAGACAAAGAAUUCAGAAUGGACGUGACAAUAUUACGAGAAGCACUGCAGUCUGUACCCAAUCAGAACUGUGAGAUCAUCGUUAAAGCUAUAGCUGAGAAAUUAGCGAACGCUCUUGCCGAGCAGGUGGUGACGAGUGGUGAAGACAGUGAUUCAGUAUCCUCAUUAGUAUGGUGGCGCGUUCCUACAGCUGCUACAGUGCGUGCCCUCUAUGCCCUUACCUACUCAGUGGCUCAGCCCACGGAAAUGACUGGCUUGGUGCAUUCAGAUGACGUCACGUUGGUACGGGAGUGUAUGGAAGUCGUGACGAUUUGUAUGGCGCUUGGUGGAGGUCAUCUCGAAGACCUGCUGCACGAGUCUUGGUGGCAGGACACGGCAUUAUAUUUGAUGAUUGACUGUCCAAGUGCUCAGGUAAGAGUCUCGUGCGCCGAACAGUUACUGGCUAUGUGUGGAUGGGGUGGUGGGGGCGGUGCUCGGUGCGCGUUGACAGCGCUAGGAGGCGCUGGGGGCGCUGCCACGUUGCCACGCCUCAACCGGCACUCGCGCAACGCACACCAAUUCCUGCAACUGCUCUGUCGCCUUGUUGCACUUGCGGGACCUACUGCAAAGACGCUGGAAGAUCUUGCUACUGAGGUAUCAUGGUUGCGUGCGCUGCGCGACAACCCAGAAGUACUGGACGACACAUUACUCGAGGGACAUUUGAAUCUCACAAAGGAACUAUUUACGCAUGUGCCCGCGCAGGUUAAAUUCCAAUACGGCGCCCACCCCGACCAUAAAGAUUCCGGUCUUAUAAAGGAGGUAGCAACAGAAUUUCUAUGGCCAUACUCCUGGGUGUGGUGCCAUAUGACAGAGUGUGAUCGCGGUGAAGGCUGCGACGAAGAGAUUCCAUCGCCGUUGUGCCGCACUGCUGGGUCGGUGGCUGCAGCGACAGAUUUGCUGCUAGCACUCGUUCAUGGGUGUGUUCCCAAUAUGGCGGCGUUAGCAAACCUCCUACAUAUGAUGUUCUAUAGUGAUAGGAACAUGCCGCUUGCUGAGUGGGAGUACAUGCCGUGCGUUGGUCCCCGCCCUCCCGCUGGUCUCGUUGGACUGAAGAACGCUGGCGCCACCUGUUACAUGAACUCGGUUCUGCAACAGCUCUACUGCGUGCGCGCUGUCAGAGACCCCCUGUUGAUUGUACAAGGUGCCGCAACGGAUCCAAAUGAAGAUUUCUCUGGUGAAUUACAUCUUAACGUCAUGGAAAACAACAUUGAGAAUAGCGCCGACUACAACAUCACGAUAUUGAAACAAGUGCAGGCGAUAUUUGCGCAUUUGCACUACAGCAAACUCCAGUAUUAUGUUCCUCGCGGUCUGUGGGCUCACUUCAGGUUACAAGGUGAACCGGUAAACUUACGCGAACAACAGGAUGCGGUCGAGUUUUUUAUGUCACUAGUCGAGUCCUUGGAUGAGGCUCUGAAGUCGUUAGGCCAAGAACAAUUGAUGGCAAAAACAAUGGGUGGGACCUUUUCAGACCAGAAGAUUUGUAGAGGCUGUCCUCAUAGGUACUGCAAAGAAGAACCGUUUAGUGUGGUCUCCUUGGAUAUUAGGAAUAUGUCGCGGUUACAAGAAUCGUUAGAGGCGUAUGUUCGCGGCGAGUUGUUGGAAGGCGCCGACGCGUAUUACUGUGAUAAGUGUAGCAAGAAGGUGGUAACUGUAAAAAGAUUAUGCUUAAACAAACUGCCUCCAGUUCUAGUCAUACAACUUAAAAGAUUUGAAUACGAUUUCGAAAGAGUGUGCGCUAUCAAGUUCAACGACUAUUUCGAAUUCCCACGAGAUCUGGAUGUUGAGCCCUAUACAGCUUGGGGUCUUGCACGAGCUGAAGGCGAGACGUUGUGGGAAGGUAGCGAGGACUGCGAGAAGGACCCACGUUACACUCAGUACGAACUGAGCGGUAUCGUCGUGCACUCGGGACAGGCUUCGGGGGGACACUAUUUUUCAUAUGUCCUUUUAAGGGACACAGGUUCCGGAGGUCGAUGGGUGAAGCUGGACGACGGCGAAGUGUCCGAAUGCGCGAUGCAUGACGAUGAUGAGAUGAAGGCCCAAUGCUUUGGCGGGGAAUAUAUGGGAGAGGUAUUUGACUCGACGAUCAAGCGAAUAUCGUACAAACGGCAGAAACGAUGGUGGAAUGCUUACAUGUUGUUCUACACGAGGAAGGAUACGAUUGACACAAGUCUCGAACAAACAAUGAAAAGCAUGACGCUAAAAGAAAGUUCCGUACCCAAACCCAUUUGGAAUUCAGUUCGCCGUAGCAACAUCGCCUUUUGCCACAACCAGGACCAAUUUAGCUUGGAACACUUCAAUUUCAUGAAGAAGCUAUGCUGUAUGCGACUCCAACUUCAUCCCGGCUCACAGAGUGCUGUUUGGGGCCCAGAACACGAAGAAAUGUCAAUGUUAGCAGUGCAAAUGGCGACGAAGUUUCUAUUCCAAAUUGGAUUUCAUACGAAAAAAACGUUACGGGGUCCGGCUACAGACUGGCACGACAUCCUAUGUCAGCACUUAAGAUGUUCACAGACUGUGAGGGCCUGGUUCGCGUCAGAUCUUUUUAAGCAUCUGCACAGAUUAGGAGAUUAUUUACUGUCGUGUCCAACGGGUGAUGUCAGAAUAGUGUUCAUGAAGAUUAUCGUGUUCUUGGCGCACUUCUCUGUCCAAGAUCCACCAGUGAACAACGGCUACGGUUCAUGGUGCAGCCGCGAGGAAGCGACGUGCCUAUCUGACCAAGUGCUCUGCAGUGCGCGUGCGCUGGCUGCUCCAGACUCACACACGCAUCGGCUUCCACCGCAUCUGCCUCUACUGUUUAACUUCUUUCACGCGUACGCUAUGCUAGGUGUGCACGAGAAGUACCAGUUACUAAGGCUCAAAAUUUUGGAUAUUGUUCUAUCCGUAUGCAUGGAUGACUCAUACUCGUCUCUCGGGAAGUAUCAGUAUCCAGAAUCGGCAAAAGUACAUCAGGUGGUCUGCGCGUUAGUUCGCUGCUGUGACGUAAGCGCACGGUGCCAGUCGGCGGCCGCCGCUGAUGGUGCGUUGCCUCUGCCGAAUCCGUAUGCGGAGCCCCCGCCCCCUUCGCCGCACUCUCGCCCCACCCUCUCCACUACUGCCGCCGAUAUACUCUAUAAUAAGACUGGUAUCUAUAUGAAAAAACUGACGGAAGAAUGUUGCGGAUGUGAGGAGGGGAUACGACUGAUUCAAUUCCUAUGUUGGGAGCACGCAGGCUGGUCGCGCACCGCGCUCUCAGAGUUGCUCUGGCAGAUGGCCUGCGCGUACUGUCACGAACUGCGACGGCAUUGCGACGCGCUGUCCGCGCUGUUGCUGAUGGAGGACAGCUGGCAGCAACAUCGUAUACACAAUGCUAUUAAGGGUGUAUCAGAGGAAAGACAAGGUUUAUUGGAGACUGGCCUGCGCGCGCGCGGGCACUAUCAGAAACGGACGUACGCGUGCGUGAAGCUAUUAGUUGGCGUGAUGUGUCGUACGCCCCUCGCUGUACGUGCUGUCCACGCCCCACCGGAGGCACGACGCCGCUGGAGGCAGUUACUCUCCUGGCUACAAGAUGAACUGGACCGCUAUGGUUCUGGAUACGGAUCUUACGGGACGUGGUCGCCGCCGGGAACAUCGAAUGAGACAUCCAGUGGUUACUUCUUGGAACGUAGUAAUUCAGCGCGGAAGACGUUAGAGAAAGCCUAUCAACUCUGCCCCGAAGAAGAGGAAGAGGAAGAAACGCGCGAGGCGGGUGAGGGUUCAGGGUCUGGUGGAUCCGGCGAGGUAGCCGACAGCGGCGAGGAGGAGGAGCCUCCCGAUGAGGAGCCACGCCCCUUGCAUCUCGCCCCAGCGCCAGCACCCCCACCACCGCGAGACCCCCCUCGCUGGCCUCUGAAUACAAUCGCUUCUAGUCCGCCUCCAAUUUAUUUAUUGUUUCGCGUUUUCCGCUUAGCCAUAGUUUUAUAG